AAAAGUUGCAAUAUUAUCUUAUAAGUUCUACAAAUUAUAAUAUAUAAUUAUUUCUCACGCAACAUGAACGCUAUUAUUGGGCUAUGCCACUUUUGUGAAGCUCAUGGCCCUCGUCCUCUAUUUUGUACAUUUACAACGGAUGACGAGAACCAUACAACGGAGUCUUCUCAGUGUUCCGUACAGUGCAGUGGAUGUACUUCUUUAGGGCCUGAAACGGUACUAGUAUCUAGAGAUGAUGAUGGGACAAUAUAUUGCAGCAGGGAAUCUGUGCCAAAUGCCGAAAUAAACACAUUUUUACGACAAGCAGCUGUAAGAAGUAUUACAUGCGAAGUGAGUUGGAGCAAGGAAGGUGGGGUAGUAUACUUCAGUGACGCACAAGGACAUGUACUUAGUUUAAUGUUCCAAGUUAAGGAUACCAGAGCUCGAGGUUUGAAGAGAUGGUUCUCAAUUGUAGUACUUAUGAAGGAUAAAAUGUUACUCCUCAAUCUUACACCCAUGCUAUCUGAGCAUAUGGAGAAUAUAUCGAAAGAGCUUCAACACUUAGCUGAUGAUGUAUAUGAGAAGGAACAAAGCGUCUGUUCACAAAGAGCAUUGAGGUUAAAGACAGGGCGAAAUGACUUUGGACAGUCAAGAUCUUUGAUACAAUUAACUGGUGAUGAAAAUGUCUACAAAAGACUUCAUUCCCAUUUUACGUGGAUGUUGAAAACUGGCGCGCUCACAUAUUCUGAAACUUUAUACACCAGUAAAGAUUUACUUGAUAAAAUAUGUCCAAAGACAAUGAAAAAAACAAUAUUUGAACAAGAUAUUUGUUUAUCAAAUUAUAAUUGUGAAAUAUCAAUAAGAUCUUUAGAAAAUCUUUUAACCAAGUCAGUAUUCAGAAUAUUAUUGUAUUGUAUUUUAACAGGAGUAGAUGUUAUCGUGAGGUCAAAUAUUACAGAAGCUGCAAACAUUAUUAAGGGCUUGUUGUGGUUUUGUCCAAUUCCUAGUGAUGGUGAACAAUGCAGAAUAUUAAGUGAAGACAAUAAUGAUGCCUCAUCUAAAAGUUGUUUAUUAGAAAAAAAUGGGAAUAAUUUUGUAUGCAAAUGGUCAGAGACACUGCCUGUAAAAUGUCCAUCUCUAAUGAACAGGAUAGAGACAGCAAUGGCUAACCAAAUGUUCAAGGACCCAACACUCCACCAUCAUAUUAAAUCAUUGCUUCUAGAGUGGUUAGGGAUAGCAAAUACUUUGAAAUCUGCGAUAUCAUCUUCAGGCCGCAAAUCUGAUGCUAUUGUAAAAUUAAAACAAAUACUAGGAGUCAUGCCUCAUGAUGAAGUACUAUUGAAUUAUUGGAUGGACACAUUUUGCGGUUAA